AUGCCGCACGCUCUGCGCUCGCCGGACCUGGUCCUCACCAUCGUGGCCUACCAGGAUGGCUACAACCAACAUACGAUGGCGCUCGUGCGCGCCUUGCGCGGCGUCUCUUUGCAGCAGACGCAGGGCCUGCCCAGGAUCCUCGGUCCCUUCCACGUGCGCUUUGCCGUCUGGCACCUGCGCUUUGGUGUGCGUGGCCUCGACCAACUCGUCGCCGCCGGCUACCAGGAGCACCUCCUCUACUACGCGCUCACGUACAGCAAUACGGCGCUCUUGGUGCACCUCGGCCGUCGGCUCUCGGACGCGCACUGGGCGGUGGCCGCGAC